AUGCUUACUACAGAGCAAAAGAUCGCUGCACGUUUAUGGAAAGCUGGUCAAGGAAGAUGGGUCCAGAGCGACUGCAAACACGACUCUGAUCACAAUGCCAUUUGCCAUCUCUUCGAGGAGAUUCGCUAUGAAAUUAAUGCUAUAGGGAUCGACCGGAACAAGAACGUCGGUCUCACGAGUCUCAUGAAGGGAUAUGCUGCCCUGAGUCCCGGUCAACGAUCCUUGAUUGAGAACGUCGGUUGGCUCGACGUCAGAGAACGGGAGAAAUUGACCAAUCCAGACGGUUACUUCGACGUAUCCAUACCGCUGAGUCUGAUACUGGGUUUCCCCGAAGAUUAUCGCAAGAUCGUCAUUAACGCUAAACACGAGUUGAUUCUGAGGAGAGCAAAGAGCGAUGUCAAUGCAAUAAUGCAAACUGCUCCGGAAGGAUGCAAAGUCGUAAUUCACAAAUUGGAAUGGCUGAUACCAUACGUGUCGGAUCGACGAAAGAUACAACUGCUGAAAUUCAUCGAGAGGGAUGCACCCAUCUCCCUGAGCUUCCGUACCUGGGAGCUGUACGAGUACCCUCUACUCCCCACCACUUCGAAACACGUGUGGGCCGUCAAGACGUCGUCUCAGUUGGAAAAACCACGAUACGUGAUACUGGGUUUUCAGACGAGCAGAAAGAACAAGAAAAAUAAGAAGGCUAGUCAAAUUGACCACAGCAACAUCAGAGACGUUAAGCUCUUUUUGAAUUCGCAAUGUUAUCCCUACGGAAAUCUGAAUCUUGACAUUGAUCAUAAUCAUUUUGCUCUGCUGCACGAGAUGUAUGCAAACAUUCAAGCUACGUACUAUGGCAAGGAUCCUGAGCAUUUGCUGAAGAAGAAUGAAUUUCUCGAGUGCGCUCCAUUGAUCGUUAUCGAUUGCUCCAAACAAAACGAGUCCUUCAAAGUUGGACCUGUCGAUAUUCGUCUGGAAUUCGAGGCGCAAGACAAUUUCCCUGCGGAUACAUCGGCAUUCUGCCUGAUCCUGCACGAUCGUAUAGUCGAAAACAACCCGAUCAGUGGUGGGGUGAAAAAAUUGGUAUAA